ACCUCUUUUGCGGAAAAGCUUAACAAAGUUUUACUUCCUGUUGAAACACAAGGAAAGAACGCACGUUGGCAGUUUAGGUUGUGUACAGCUGUUUCAUGAGACUUCUUUUAUUGAAGAUGGCCUCGUCUUUGUCUCCUGAAGUUAUUCAGCGAAUGAAAGUUCGAAGUGAUCAAGCUGAGACUAUCCUGACACAGUUGCGGAAUCAGAUCAACCUCCUCAAGGCAGCAGCAGUGUCCCAGUCCUGCAAAGGAGAGGAAGAUGUCUUGAGACAACAAAACGAGAAGUUGAGAAAUGAAAUAAAUCAGAUCAAGACCCAGCUUGUCAUGGCAGAAAUAAGAAAUGGAGUGAGACAAGUUGCCCUCCCCCCAAAGAGAGCAAUGUCAACAAAUGCAGGAGAGGGUAGUGCUGCCCCACCCCAAGCAGCUAGCCCCGCCCCUGAAGCAGCAGCUGCCCCUGCCCCAGCAAAGGUGAAGAAGGGUGACAAACAAGAGAAAAAGAAACCAGAAAAGAAAGAAGGUGAGGCAAAGGGGAAGAAGGGGAAGGGAGCAGCUGAAGCGGAGCCUGACAAGAUGGAUGUCUCCAGACUGGACCUGAGAGUUGGCAAGAUCCUGUCUGCCCAGAAGCACCCCGACGCAGACUCCCUGUACGUGGAGGAUGUGGAUGUAGGCGAGGGGAAGACACGGACUGUGGUGUCUGGCCUCGUCAAACAUAUACCAUUAGAACAGAUGCAGAAUCGUAUUGCUGUGUUUAUGUGCAAUCUGAAGCCGGCCAAGAUGCGGGGUGUCCUGUCUGAAGGGAUGAUCAUGUGUGCUAGUGCCCCGGACAAGGUCGAGAUCCUGGUGCCACCCCCAGGAGUACAGCCAGGGGACAGGGUCACCUUCGAUGGCUACCCUGGUGUCCCGGAUACCCAGCUGAAUCCAAAGAAGAAGAUCUGGGAGACGUUGAAACCGGACAUCCGCACUGACAACAACAAAGUGGCCAACUAUAAGGGGGCACCAUUUAAAGUCGAAGGCAAAGGAAUCGUCAAGGCUCCAACGCUAGCUGAUGCGCAAAUAUCUUAAAUGGUAUUCGUGAUUAGAAGUUGCAGAACAUGAAGUGGGUUCAAUUGUACAGAGAUUGACAAGACAGGGAGCCUAUUAUAAACAGAGCUGUUCACACUGUUCCCAAUUGUAAAUAAAAUAACAAAUUAUA